AGGAUCCUGAUGCAGGAACGCGCACGACCCACGUAACUUUCUGCCAUUUGAGACUGCGCAAUAUCAUCGCGGGUAGCUAACGUUACGGAGUUACAGUCGAGUCGAUGUUAAUGUCAGUUUUUGUUAUUUUGUGAGUUCCUGGUGUUCUAUGCAUCUUAGUGAGCCGUUUUAGAAACUAUGCGGCGAAGUAAAGCUGAAGUGGACCGUUAUGUUUCCUCAGUACAGAGUUCCUCUCCCUCACUCAAAGAGAAGCCAAUCAAAGGAUUUUUAUUUGCUAAAUUGUACUUCGAAGCAAAGGAAUACGAACUUGCGAAAAGACAUGUAUCAGAGUAUCUCAAAGUCCAGGUGAGGGAUCCCAAAGCACACAAAUUCCUUGGACAGCUCUAUGAGAGAGAGGGAGACAUCAACAAGGCAGUAGGAUGUUAUAAGCGGUCAGUGGAUUUGAACCCAACCCAGAGGGACCUGGUACUGAAGGUGGCUGAGUUACUGGUCAGUAAGGAGGACUGUGACAGCAGAGCAGAGUUCUGGGUGGACAAAGCUGCAAAGCUGCUGCCAGGAAACCCUGCAGUUUUCAAUUUGAAGGAGCGUCUGUUGAGUCGUCAGGGUCAGCAGGGUUGGAACCUCCUGUUUGACCUCCUCCAGGCUGAGCUGGCAACAAGGCCAGCUGACGCACAUGUAAACGUGAAGCUGGUCCAGCUUUUCUGUCAGGAUGGUCAGCUGGAAGAGGCUGUCAAGCAUUGCUUGGCUGCUGAGAAAAGGGGCAUGCUGAGCCGCAGCCUGGACUGGUAUACAGUGGUGGUGCGCACAUUGCAGGAGUAUCUGGCACAACCUAGUGUAUCCAGCAAUGAAAAGGCAUGUCGGCGUCUCCAGAGGGAGUUGCUAUUGGCACACUGCAGCCUGCUGAGAAUCACACUGUCUGAGAGCACUGUGCAGCCGAGCCUUGAUGCACUCAGAGGCUUUGACCAAGCUAUGCAGACAAUGAGCAGCAUUGCAGGCUGUCACACAGAUGAUCUUUGUGAGACGUUUGUGGAGAUGAGAGGUCACCUCUACCUGCAUGCUGCCACACUUCUCUUGAAGCUGGCUCAGAACCGUCAACAGACCUGGAGGGCCGUCAUUGAUCUGGCUGCACUGUGCUACCUGCUGGCAUAUGAGGUCCCCAGACCAAAGCCUAAAGUGACUAAAAGAGACCAGUCAGCCCCACAACAUCUGGAGCUGCUGGCCAACGAUCGGCAGAGUCAGGCCGGACACAUGUUGCUCAAUUUGAGCUCUGAUCCACCCACCUUGAUCAGAGAGGUGGUGGAGGCAUUUGGAAACCGUAGCGGUCAGGACUCCUUAUUUGAACUCCUGUUUGGACCCCAGGCCCCCACGGGAUCUUCAUUUAUUGCCAAUGAUGACAUUCAUUCCAUAAACACCGUGGCUCCAGAUCUCUCUCAGCUGGCCAAAUGUGACACUGGCUCCAUCCUGCUGCAUGGUGGUGAUUUGCAACAUCUGAGCUGGUUGGGGCUCCAGUGGACUUUUUUGAGCCAAAGACCAGCCCUUCGUGACUGGCUGUCACAGCUAUUUCCUAGGCUUACCCUGGAAACCUCCAAACUGGACACCAAUGCACCGGAAUCCAUCUGCUUGCUGGACUUGGAGGUGUUUUUACAUGGUGUGAUCUUCUGUAGCCACUGUCAGCUCCAGGAGACAGCGAAGAUCAGCAGUGGAGUGACCCUCCAACAACAGCAGUUGCUUUACGAGCCUCGCUGCCUCCCCCUUCCCCUACUUCGCCUCUUGACCACUGACAGACAGCGGGAGUGGUGGGAUGCCAUUUACAGCCUCAUUCACAAACAAGCUGCUUCUGGGAUGUCAGCCAAGCUGCGGAUGGUUGUGCAGCAUAGACUGAACACUCUGAGGGCUAGAGAAAAACAUGGGCUUCAACCAGCACUGGCCAUCCACUGGGCUCAGUGUCUCAGCCAGACGGGUGAUGGAGUGAACUCGUACUAUGACCAGAAGGAUUAUGUUGGCCGCAGUGUCCACUACUGGAACAUUGUCCUCCCACUGUUGGAAAGGAUCAAAAACAGACGCAGUAUACCUGAACCACUUGACCCUCUCUUCAUACACUUUCCCUCCAAAGAUAUUCAGAGAUCUUCUGUCAAGGGCUAUGAAGAGGAAGCCAAGUUGGCAUAUGCAGUUCUCCUUGACAUUGAAGGCAGAACAGAGGAGGCCAUUGCUACCUUGGAAGCCAUCAAUAACAUGUCAUCCAUCUGGCAUUUGGCUCGGAUCUACCGGCGGCUGUCAGAGGAGGCUAGCAACGGUGUUGAGGAGACCCAAGACAGGUGCAUCACUUUUCUAAGAAAGUUAAGGACCUACCUGUUUAAGAUCUACAAUGCCAAUGCUGACGACAUUGAGAAGCUGCCUGUAUCAAUGGAAGAAGUUGUGGACUGCCUGAAUGAUGUGAACCAGCAGCUUGGGGAGAGUGGGGAGGCCAUGGAUGAAGAGGAGGAGGAGGAGGAGGAGGUGGGUAGAAGAGGACAAGCCCACUUCAGCCCUGCUCGUCCCUCAGAAACCAGUGCCAGCAUAUCUCAUGUUAAGUUUUCCACUCCCUCUCCGAACAAAAGCAUUGUUUCUCCUUCCAAACGACUGAUAUCUCCUAAGACACCACCUCAUUGGGUGGAGGACCAGAAAAAUCUCAUCCAGAUGCUGUGUCAGCAAGUUGAAGCUCUCAAGAAUGAAGUUCAUGAUCUGAGGCACAACUCUUCAGGGAAUGCAGGCUCUCCUCAUAAGAUGUAUGGGGACAGCUAUGGGGCUGAGGGCCUACAGGAGCCUUUUACUCCUGUUCAAUCCUACCAUGGGGCCCCCCUAACAGUUGCCACCACAGGCCCCUCUGUGUAUUACAACCAGUCUCCAGCAUAUAACUCUCAAUAUCUUCUGCGCACAGCAGCAAAUGUAACCCCUACCAAGGGCCCAAUGUAUAGUAUGAACCGUAUGCCACCUCAGCAGCAUAUGUAUGCUUACCAGCAACCCACGCACACACCACCAUUGCAAACACCUGCCUGUAUUUAUCCUCCUCAAGAACAAGUGUUUAGUGCCCCUCUGCGAAUUGAAUCACCAGCCACAAGCCUUCUUUCCCCAUAUAGUGAAGAAUAUUAUGGUCGGAGUGUAACCCAGCAAACCACAAACCCUCCUCUCCCUGAACCUGGCUACUUCACCAAGCCAUCUCUCGUCCCUGUUCAGCCACCAAAGAGCAUUGAUGGGAAAGCUGUGGACUUUGGGAAGCUCUCCUUUAGCCAGCAGGUACCUGUUGAAGUCCCCAAAGUGCCUAGUUUUGGAGCUGGGGUAGUUGCCCAGUCAACACCUUCAGGUGCAUUUAAAUUCAACUCCAACUUUAAAUCUGAUGAUGGAGAUUUCACUUUCACACCUUCUCAGGCCAAGCACAGUGAAACUCUGCUUGGUCUUCUUACAUCAGACAUUCCCACUAAAACAGAUAAUGUUCCAGAAAAACCUCCAUCUCAGGAGCAGCCCUCCAGCCAAACCGGCAUCUUCACCUUUGGCACUAAAAAUGAUACUAACUUCUCUUUUGUUGAUUCUGCAAAGAUCACAGGCACUGGAAGUGUGUUUGGAAAGGUAGCUCAGCCAUUUAAAUUUGGGGAUGUUACCAAGCCAGUGUUUGGGUUAGCAAAGUCUGCAGCAGGAGAAGAAAAGGCAGCAGAGAGCGACAAUGACAGCACUCAUGUUGAGGAGGAUGAGGACGGUCCUCACUUUGAACCCAUUGUACCUCUUCCCGAAAAAGUAGAUGUGAAAACAGGAGAGGAAGAGGAGGAGGAGAUGUUUUGUAACAGAGCAAAGCUGUUUCGAUUUGACACAGAGGCAAAAGAGUGGAAAGAAAGGGGCAUUGGCAACGUUAAAAUCCUAAAGCACAGCACUAAAGGGAAAGUUCGCCUCUUAAUGAGAAGGGAACAGGUACUUAAGAUCUGUGCAAAUCACUACAUUACGGCUGAUAUGCUACUGAAACCAAAUGCUGGCUCUGACAAAUCCUGGGUCUGGAAUGCCAUUGAUUAUGCAGAUGAAGAGCCUAAACCUGAGCAGCUGGCCAUCCGCUUUAAAACAGUAGAUGAGGCAUCACUUUUCAAAGCGAAGUUUGAGGAAGCCCAGAAAAUUGUGCUCGCGUCACCAGAGGAGCACACUCAGCAGAAGAAGAAAGCUGAAAGCUUAAAAGACUCUGAAUCACUGGCAGCCCAGUUUGCACUUAAAGAAGGGGAAUGGGAAUGCACUGUGUGCUGUGUAAGAAAUAAACCUACAGACAUGCGAUGUGCCGCUUGUCAAAGUGCCAAUCCCAGUUCUUCAUCCAAACCAAGCAUUCAGCCUGCUGGUGAAAGUAAAACCAGCCCCUUUACUUUCAAAUUUGGAAUGGAUUCAUCAAAACCUAGCAGUUCUGGCUCUACAUUUAAGGGAUUUGGUGCUUUUGGAGAUUCUGUGCCUUCUUCAUUUACAUUUGGUGCCAAUAUCGCAAAACCCGCUGAAACUGUAACCAGUGCGUUUGGUUCUGGCUUUGGAGUUCAGUUUGGAAAAAAGGCAGGACAGUGGGACUGUGACACAUGCUCUACAACAAAUGAGGCAACUGUAGACAUUUGUGCCUCCUGUAAAGCUCCUAAAGUCUCAAAUACAAUAUCUAUGGCGCAAACUGUACCAGUUGCAGAUGCAUUUGUAGGGCAACCCUCUAUAUCUACUGUUGACUCUGGAUUUGCUGCCCAGAUUGGCAAGAAGCCUGGGCAGUGGGACUGUAUAUGCAAACUGAGAAAUGAAGCCUCUUCUGACAUAUGUGUUGCCUGUUCAAGCCCAAAUCCUCUGGCUAAAUCAAAAGAGGUGCCUCCAGUAGUAUCACAUCUGCUGACAUCAGGAUUUGGAGCCGACUUUGUAAAGAAGGAUGUGCAGUGGGACUGCAAUACGUGCCUGGUGAGAAAUGAUGCAUCUGUCUCUCAGUGUGUUUCCUGCCAUGCCCCACAAGAGACUUCCUCCUUAGAAGCCAUGUUUGCCAAGAAGGUUGGAGAAUGGGAUUGUGACACUUGUCUAGUGAGAAAUGAUGCAUCGGUCAGUAAGUGCAUGGCUUGUCAAGCAGCAAAACCCAAUGCUAAAACCAUGGCCAGCACAGCUCCCUCAGCCUCUACCUUCAGCUUCAGCGUUGAAGCCAAGAGUUCAGCCAGUCAGCCUCCUGGAACUGGAUUCACUAUGCCUUUUGUAACUGGCAGCACUUUUCACUUUGGUCAGAGCAAAGAUAAAGGUUCACCUGCUUCUUUCAAAUUUGACGCUCCCCAGUCUGGGUCUAGUACCACAAGUGCUUCAGGCUUCUCUUUCUCAGUGCCCAUUCCAGCUGGUGGCUUCAAGUUUGGCAUUCAGGACAAUGCAAAAGAAACCCCCUCACCUGGUAACCAGACACCUCCCUCAGGGUCAGCCUCCAGUUUUCUUAAAAGCAUAGCUGACAAACACAGUGAGAAAGAAAAUGUGUCUACAUCUUCAGUGGGCAAAACACAGCAAGAUCAAAAUCCAUUAAUUACUGGCAAAGCCAAUACCUUCAGUUUUGCAGACUUGGCAAAGUCCUGUGGGGAAGACUUCCAGUUCGGCAAGAAAGACCCCAAUUUCAAAGGUUUCUCUGGGGCUGGUGAGCAGGUGUUCUCAUCAUUUCAGGAAACCCCCACCAAGACAGGUGCCGCAAAUGAACAGGAGGAUGAUGACAUGUAUAAAACAGAGGAAAAUGAUGAUAUCCAGUUUGAGCCGGUGGUUCAGAUGCCUGAGAAGGUGGACCUGGUGACAGGGGAGGAGGAUGAACUAGUUCUUUAUUCUCAGCGUGUCAAACUGUUCAGAUUUGACUCCAACAGCAGUCAAUGGAAAGAACGUGGUGUAGGAAUGCUAAAGUUUUUGAAAAAUAACACUAAUGGUAGGCUAAGGGUACUGAUGAGAAGAGACCAGGUUUUGAAGGUGUGUGCCAAUCACUGGAUCACCACUACUAUGAAUCUUAAACCCCUGGCAGACUCUGAUAAAGCAUGGAUUUGGAUGGCCAAUGACUUCUCUGAUGGAGAUGCUAAACUUGAACAGUUGGCUGCUAAGUUUAAAAGCCCAGAACUUGCUGAGGAGUUUAAGGUGAAGUUUGAAGAGUGUCAGAGACUUCUUUUGGACAUUCCUCUACAAACCCCCCACAAACUUGUUGACACAGGCAGAACAGCACAUCUCAUUCAGAAAGCAGAGGAAAUGAAGUCUGGCUUGAAAGACUUAAAAUCCUUUUUGACAGAUGAGAAAAAGAUCAAAGAUGAUGACAACCAGGAAGAUAUACCAUCCAGGAAUGUUUCAAGUCUUACAAUCAAAGCUCAUGGUGAAACCACUGGUCCCACUUUGGAGUGGGAUAACUAUGACCUACGAGAAGAGGCUUUAGAUGAUACCGCUGACUCAUCAGUCUAUGCCUCUCCCAUUGUGAGCAGCCCUUUGAGAAAGAACCUUUUCCGUUUUGGAGAAUCCACUGGAGGGUUCAACUUCAGCUUCCAACCUGGCAUCAGCCCCUCCAAAUCUCCUGCUAAGCUUAACCAGAGCAGAGCUUCAGUGGGUACUGAUGAUGAACAGGAUGCAACCCAGGAUGAGGAAAGGGAUGGCCACUACUUUGAGCCUGUGGUGCCCUUGCCUGAGCUGGUGGAGAUUUCUACAGGAGAGGAAAAUGAACAGGUGGUCUUCAGUCACAGGGCCAAACUGUAUCGCUAUGAUAAGGAAUUGGGUCAGUGGAAGGAGAGGGGUAUUGGAGACCUAAAGAUCUUGCAAAACUAUAAUACCAAACAAGUGAGGUUGAUAAUGAGGAGAGACCAGGUACUUAAGAUCUGUGCCAACCACUGGAUCACAGCAGCCAUGAAGCUGGAACCUAUGAAAGGUGCUGAGAAGGCCUGGGUCUGGAGUGCCAUGGACUUUGCUGAAAUAGGACAAGGCAAUAUUGAGCAGCUGGCUGUGAGAUUCAAGCUGCAGGACACUGCAAACACAUUCAAACAGGUCUUUGAGGAGGCUAAGGUAGUGCAAGAAAAAGGGGAACUUAUGACUCCAGUGACAUCCAGGAUUGCUACAGCUCAAGACAGUGGAACUGUGGGAUCUGCAAAGACUGCUACAGCUGUAUGUGGAAAGGCAGCCAUCGCUGUUCUGGAAGAGGCCACAGAGGAAUGUACAAAGCUUUCCCCCGACAGCAAGACAUGUGCAUCUGGGUCUCUGAGUCCAGUUAACCCCUCAAAGACAGUGGUGUCUCCCCCUAAGUUUGUCUUUGGUGGUGAUAGCCUUCAGAAGAUUUUUGGUACUCCUAAAUCUCAUUCUGAGAUGAAGGAACCUGCAUCCAAUUUAAAAGCCAAAGAUUCUACACAUCCUGCCAAGACUACACUAGCAGCAGCUGUAUUCAAAAUCCCAGAGAAAGGGCCUCUACAGGCCAAAAGAGGUGACUCGGGGUCGGAUGAGGACUCGUCGGUGGAGGUCGUGUAUGUUAAAGAACCCACUGCUGAACAGGCAGCUUUAGCCAGGAAGCUCCUGCUACCCCUCACCUUCUUCUGCUACCAGAAUGAACCAGGCUACACCAGUGAUGACCAAACUGAUGACGAAGACUUCGAGUCAGCAGUGAAAGCUUUGAAUGGCAAACUCUACCCUGAUCCUCCUGAACAAAAGGCUGCAGCAGCAUGUGGCGAUGAGCCAGACUGUCAAGUGGUGUGGGAGAAAAAGCCGACGCCGGAGGAGGAGGAGAAGGCCAAAAGUCUCCAGCUUCCACCCACCUUCUUCUGUGGCCUCGGUACCACAGACAGCGACGUGGACCACGACAAGCUUGAAGACUUUGAAACAGAAGUCCGCAAGGCACAGCAAGACCUGGAUGCCCAGUUAAACCAAGCCAUGAAGGCCUCCAGCAGCACUGCUGUAGCCCUACAGGAGCCAGCAUCAGGCCCGUCCUCCAACAGCACAGAGGCUGCAGGCAGUAUGCCUACGUCAGAGAAGCAGAUCUCAGAGCAGCCAACCGAGGCUCGGAGCGAAGCUUCUAGCAGCAGCUCUCCCAUUGACCUGUCCACAAAGAAGAGCCCAGAGACAGAGUCCACCAGUGGGACUGCAGCUGCAGCUCCUACUGCUACAGUAACUAGUCAAGCUGCAGACUCCUCCACCCUUUUCUUCAACUCAUCUGCAAGCUUCUCUUUUGCUGACUUGGCCAAAAGCACUGAAGGAUUUGCAUUUGGAACCAAAGACUCCAACUUCUCAUGGGAAAACGCUGGAGCAACAGUGUUUGGUUCAGCUGGGUCCUCAGCCCCAAAAACCACUGGUGAGGAGGAGGGCAGCGACGAAGAGGAGGCUCCUAAUAAUGUUGACAUCCACUUUGAGCCAGUAGUGUCACUACCAGAGGUGGAGACAAAGUCUGGAGAGGAGGACGAGGAAAUCCUGUUUAAGGAGCGUGCCAAGCUGUACCGAUGGGACCGAGACAUCAGCCAGUGGAAGGAGCGCGGCAUCGGUGAUCUCAAGAUCCUCUUCCACCCGACUAAACGAUUCUACCGAAUUCUAAUGAGGAGAGAGCAGGUGCUGAGGGUUUGUGCCAACCACACCAUCUCACAGGCAAUGGAACUCAAACCCCUGGACGCCUCAGCUAAUGCACUGAUCUGGACUGCCACAGACUACUCAGACGGUGAGGGCGUCGUGGAGCAGCUGGCUGUCAAGUUCAAAACUGCUGAGAUUGCAGAGUCCUUUAAGAAGACCUUCUGCGAGUGUCAGAGGCAAAUGGGCCAAACAAGCAGCGAUGCCUCAUGUCAUUCCUCACCACAGAUGUCUAGAGUUCAAGAGCACUCCAGAGACACUAAUCCACAGGUGUUCCUCAAAGUGGCGGCUGACGGACAACCACUGGGCACAAUCACCAUAGAGCUUUUCUCCCACAUCGUCCCCAAGACGGCGGAGAACUUCAGGGCUCUCUGUACUGGUGAGAAAGGCUUCGGACUGCAGGACUCCAUCUUCCACAGGGUCAUACCAGAAUUCAUGUGUCAGGGUGGUGACAUCACCAACAGUGAUGGCACAGGAGGCAAGUCCAUCUACGGCAGUAAAUUUGAGGAUGAGAACUUCGAUGUUCGGCACACAGGCCCAGGUAUCCUGUCGAUGGCCAAUCGCGGCCGUGACACCAACAACUCACAGUUCUUUAUCACUCUGAAGAAAGCCGAACACCUGGACUUCAAACACGUGGCUUUUGGCUGGGUCCGGGAUGGCAUGGAUGUGGUUCAACAAAUGGGAGAGCUGGGCACAAAGGGAGGCCCACCCACAAAAAAACUGGUCAUCACAGACUGUGGACAGCUAUAGCUUUUUAAAUGUUAACCUCAAGAUUUACUGCUUGGUGUAGGUUAAAGUUGAAGUUCAAACUGCAUAAUGAUGUGUUCCCUGUGCAGUGCAUACUCUCCUGCUCAAACCGAAUCAAUAAUCAUUAGCAUCUGCUCAUAGGACUGCUGGUCAAGGCUUCAGCGUAGGAACCUGACCCCAGUAGCCUGGGAUUCAAGGAUUGUCACAAAUGGGAAACAUGGUGUAGUUACAACGUGGGAAGAGGGAUUUGGAUCAAACCUCUAGUUUACUCUUGCUCUGUUGCACUUGAAUCUUUAUCCGUCACUAAAUUCUUGUUAAUUUUGUGUAUAA